AAACUUCUUGUGAAAUUAUUUAACAAUUCGAAAAAUUCUGCCCACUAGCCAACCAUUUCUUCACCUACUACGUCGAGGAAAUCUGUAGACAAUUAUAAACAAUACCAAAAGUUUUGAAACGCUUCUAAACUUGCAUAUGAAAUUUGCCUUCAGCCACUUGAGUCUUAGGAGGUAUGACUGGGGUUCAUUUUAAAUCAAACCACUAAUUGAUAUUGAUACCUACUUUUCCAGUGAAGACACGUGAAGAAAUUCGUCCAACUUUAUUCUGAUACCUACAUUAUAAUAAGUUCCUAAAAAUUACCUAAGAAGAGUCCAGUCAUAUGAAACACCAAGGGAUAAUUGUGUGUUGUACAUGUAUUUGUAAAAAUUGUGCGAUUUUCCUCUUUUUACAACUCGGAAAAAGUUGUAUCAUCAAAGUUACUUUCUGAAAAUUGAAUAAACUUUCUUUUGAAUCCGGUCCUGUUCUAUUUAACAGUCAAUGAUGGAUGUAUGAGCUAAUACUGGUAGACCAGAAAAGAAGAUAUAUACAUUAACCUCAAAUUUCAGUUGUCAACAUUCAACCGUUUUUUUGUAAUAAGUUAACAAAACGGAUCUUUAAGGCAAAUAUAGCUAAUAUGGAAGAAUGCUUAAGACAAAAUUUUCAUUCAAAGUACUGUUAUUAGCUGCUAUAUUAAUUUUUACGGUUUAUGUAUUUUUAUACGACAAAACUUCAGCACAAGUUUUAAAUAAGUUAAAUGAUGUUCCUAAGAAUGCAGAAAGAACAUCCACAACUUUAUUUAAAAGGGAUCCUGAAUAUAACUUGUGGCUUGUUUUUACUAGAACAACAAAACAUUCCACCCUGACAUACAAGUUUGAACAUCUCAUUACAAACUUACUUAACAUAUCAAAAGUACCAUUAAACGUUCAUAUAGUGGUAGACAAUAAUUCAAAAUCAAUAGCUGAAGAAAUUAUAUUAGAAAAAUGUAGGCAGGCCAACAGAACUAUUCGUUAUGAUUUUUAUAAUAUUACAACAACUGCUGCAUUAAUUGAUGAUAUUGUGCAAGUUAUGUCACCUCAUUUCAGCUCUAAACCAGGAACCUAUUACAGUGGUGCUCUUUUUUACCUUUCAUUAGGACUUUAUAGGUUUGCACCUAUAAAUGAAACAACAGCAAUAAUGUUGGACUGCGAUUUGUACUUUAAGGAUGAUAUCAAUCUCUUAUUUCACCAAUUUCAGAGUUUUAAUUCAUCAGUACUGUUUGGUUUAGCACCUGAAUUGUCUCCAGUUUAUAGACAUAUUCUUACAAAGUACAGAAUGAAUCACAAAACCCCUUUUGGUGAAUACUAUCAUUCAUAUGAACUUUUUAACAGCAAUCAUUCGCAUGGUUUUCAAGGAUAUAACACUGGGGUUAUUUUAUUAAAUAUAACUGCAAUUCGCAAUUCAAAAGAAUAUCUAAAUUUGAUUUCAUCUGAGUAUGUAGGAAAUUUAACUCAGAAAUAUAAAUUUAAGGGGCAUCUAGGUGAUCAAGAUUUUUAUACUUUACUAGGGUACGAAAGGCCUGAUUUAUUUAAAACGUUAAGUUGCGGUUUUAACAGACAACUUUGCACUUGGUGGAAAGACCACGGUUACAGUGACGUUUUUAAACAUUAUUUUAAAUGUAAUGAGCACAUAACAGUAUUACAUGGUAAUUGUCAUUCCAAAAUACCAAAUUCAAAAUGAAAUAUUUGGUGAAGUGCCGUCUUUUUUAAAGAAGAUUAGUGGAUUUAUACAAAAUGUUUUUAUUAUAAUCGUUUUACUCCAUUUAUUAAACAACUUAAUAGUGAGUAAAAACAGUGCAAUAUUUUUUAUGAAUGAAUUAAAAUUGUAAUUUUUUAGUGUUUUUUAUACGUAUUUUAUAUAUAUAUCUAUUUAAUUGCAUUUAAUAUCUUUAAAAGUGGAUAACAGCAUUAAUUUCUUACAGUAUUGUUUUUGAAAAUAAUAUAUAAUUGGUCUGUGAUACAGAAUGGGAUAAUCUU